CUGUAAGUGACUACCACAAGGCACACCAAUGAAGAUUUGCCUUUGUUGUGACCGCUAUUUUUGAAUUUGGCUCGAUGAUUAUCGACAGGACAGACCGCUAACCAUUUCAUCUCGAAUUUCUGAAAUAGAAACACCCUCUUCUUCGACUUAUCUAGCAGUAUUGUCUGCUUGUUCCUGAUCUCACCUGACAACGACGAGAGCCAAAGAAAUGUAUCGCAACAAGUGACGCGUGCUCCAGGCUUCGGCGGCUCCUAAAUCACCGAUUUUGUGCCUCACCAUCCGCUCACGGAGCAUCCUGCAACGCACUCGCCGUCUGGCAAUCAUACACGCCACCAUUCACUAUUAUUCCCCAGGUAGUUUUUCCGUGCAAAUCGGCGAUACUCCACGGAAACAAUGUUUACACUGCGCUCUUUAUCGUUGGUUGCGCUGAUGAAGUUGCAGGAGUUGCGCAGAAUCUUGGCACAGUUAUGGUUUCAAGCACACUCAAGCAACUCCAAGCAACUGUCAGACAUGGGUUUAGUGUAUCAGAUGUUGCUUAACAACAACCAAACGCUGGCAUUGAAGUCGCGGCCUGGUCAUUUAAAUUAUGGUUAGAUGAUAGUUUGAGGACGUGUAUAUAAACGCAAGGGUUGGAGCUUCGAAAACUCCAGUCAUUCCUGCUAAUUUCUCAUUCCAAGUCUUUCUUUUAUUACAUCUCUUUCUUUUCUUCAUUUCCAUACAUUCAUUUAUCAACUCGCGCCAGCUCGCAAGAAAAUUCUCUUUCAAUCAUCAUGCAAUUCACCACAUUCGCUAUCCUCGCCAUCCUGGCUACUGUCCAGGCCCGUGUCCUCCCCCGCCAGAACGAUGCCCAGAAGUUCACCGGCGCCCUCGGCGGUAUCAAGGCAACACCCGUUCUCGACUCCGGAAAUGCGGAUCGCCCCUUCUUCGUCAAGGGAGAUACUUUUGUCAAUGCUGGUGCUGCGCUGCAGAGAUCUUGCGAUCAGCAAAUGAACGCCUGUAUGAACUUGGUCAAUUCUCAACAGGCAAAUUUCAAGGCAGCCGAUUGUCAGGCUCAGCAGCAACAAUGCAACGCUGCUGCAUAAAGGGAACGAAACGGUUUUUGGGAUGCGGCUGGCUUUCCGCACUUUUGAGGAGUCACGAUAUGGUUCUGUUACGUGCACCGUGUGAAUGUGUAAAUAUGUAAAUAUGUAUAUAUGUGUUUGCUUUUCAUCAAUUAAGAAUCGAUAGGAGUUUUCUUGCACCC